AUGCGCGCUAUCCAGGCUCUACGGCGCUCCAUCAAGGGCGAUAAGGACAAAGGCAACAAUCCAAACAUAGCGCACAAGUCCCCCAUCGCUAUUGUUCCCCCCAAAAAGGUUAUCAGAGCACUUUACGACUAUGAGGCCCGAUCAGAUAAAGAGCUGAGUUUCUCACGUGGAGACUUCUUCCAUGUCAUCAGCAACGAAGACGACAGCGAAUGGUACGAGGCAUGCAACCCCGCGCUUCCUGAUGCGCGGGGCUUGGUACCCGUUGCCUUCUUCCAGGCGCUCGGCAGAACCGAGAGAGACAGCGGGCAUUCGGAUGGCGUGCGUGGAAUCACAUCGCCGAUCAAGCUACCUGAUAAUGAUUCCGGGUUUAGCGAGUCUCACAUCGGCGCCCCCCAGCCCAUUUCCUCGCCGGCUCUGAAACGGAUAUCGCAGCCAGGAAAGGCAGCAGGGCCUCCGGGCCCUGUGGUGUAUGGAAGGGUCAUGUACGACUUCAAGGCGGAACGGGCCGACGAGUUUAAUGCACAAGCUGGCGAGGCUAUCAUCAUCAUUGCUCAGAGCAAUCCUGAAUGGCUCGUCGCAAAGCCUAUUGGCAGGCUGGGUCACCCAGGAUUGAUUCCCGUAUCGUUUGUCGAGAUCCGAGAUAUGGCGACUGAUAAGCCUAUCGAAAACCCGGAGGAGGCGAUAAGGAAGGCCGGUGUUCCCAAGGUGGAGGAAUGGAAACGCAGGGUCGCUGAAUAUAACAGCAGUGGUAUUGCUCUGGGCAAGUUUGAGGGUCCUGGAUCGCCCGGGUCGCCCAGCGCCGGUGGCAGCUCUCAGCAACCGCAGAGCCUUGCCAACGCCAUGGACCGCAUGAGUCUUCAACAGAAUGGCAAAAACCCUGCUCCUCCCAAUGGUCAGCAGAACAACCCAAAUGGCCAUCGAACCAACCAGGAACAGUACAUUCAACAAGUCCAGCAAAACCACGGCCCCGACGGCUCCUCACAACUUCUUUGCCCCAUCUCGGCUCGCAUUCCCCGGUACUGUUUCGCUGAAGACAAAUAUUGGUUCGUGAUAGAAGCAGUCCUGGAGGACGGUCGACACUGGGAACUUUCGCGGUACUACGAAGACUUUUAUGACUUCCAAAUCGCACUUCUCACCGAGUUCCCUGCCGAAGCCGGCAACACUGGUCAGCAGAAGCGUUCUUUGCCGUACAUGCCCGGCCCAGUCAACUAUGUAAAUGACGCGAUCACGGAGGGGCGGCUGCAUAAUCUGGACGCUUAUGUGAAGAAUCUAUUGAACCAGCCUCACUACAUCUCGAGAUGCAUGUUGGUUAAGCAGUUCUUCCAUCCACGAGAGGGCGACUAUGAGAGUGAUCCUAACGAGAUGGGCGAUUACCGAUUAUCACAAGGGUCACAGGGAUCUGCCGACAAUGCUGGACAUAUAUCCUAUGGACAAUCCCGCAAUGUAGAGAAUAAUGGCGGUGGAUAUGGCGGUUUAUCCGCUACACCACGUCACCCUGGCGGUCAGCAAGCCGGCCAACCCCAAGCAGCCAAUCAGGCCCAGUCUGGUGCUUCUAUGAAAAUCAAGAUGUACUUCAACGACGAUUUAAUCGCCAUCCGUGUACCGGCCGAUAUUCAAUUCCAACAACUCUAUGACAAAAUCCGCGACAGACUUAAAGUACCGGCUGGAGAGCGAUUGGAACUGUUCUACAAGGACGAGGCGACCGGCGACAACCCAAACCUAAUGAGCGACAACGACCUAGACUUUGCUUUGCAACGAAACGAAAAGCUGCUCCUCUACGUGGAGGUAGCAUAA